UAGUAGACACGCCUCUUCCCUCUGCAAACCAUGUGGCUAUAUGGUUGGUAAAUAAAUACUUCUUCUAAAUUUUAACUUCUUUUACGGUGUGAACUUCUGCACGGCAGGAACAGGCAGCAUGUCGACGGUGGUCGUGAGCCUCCAGGCGCAGGUGGAGUCGGUGCUAGGCUCGCUGGUUAAAGCGGCCUCGGUGGAGUUGAUCAAACUGUUCGAGAGCAGAUACCGAGCAUCCGAGGUGGACCUGGGCCGCGGUGAGGACGGGAAGGGAAGUGAAACCUCGGAUGUUUUAUCGAGCGGGGACACAAAACGGAGCAUCGGAGUGCAAGUGGGCGACAGCGCGGAGGAGCCGUCGCUGUUUAACGGGCUCACUUUUGUCUCGGAUAGCGAUUAUGUGAGGGAGUGCAAGGAGGUGGUGAUGGAGGGUUGCCUCAUUCCGCCAGAAAUCCUCUUGGCUGAAGAUAAUGGGCCUGCUGACCCCGAGUGGUCAUCUCUGAAGGAUCCGGUUGUGGAUAUGGUGGAGUUGCGCGUCCAUGGAGCAGAGUCUCCAUCUGACUGUGGUGCUCAGACAGAAGUUGAUUUGCAUGUCUCCACAGAGACACGGACAGAGACGCCAGCUGAGCAGAAGCCUCUUGUAAUUCAGCCUGACACGAACAACUCUGCUUCUGGGGAGAAGGUGAAGUUUGUUUGCCCGCUGAUCCUUAAGCUGGAGUCUCCAACACCCAAAGUUGAUAAAUCAGAGAAGCCUGCUCAAGCCGAGCCUCAGCAGGCCAGUGUCAGCACAGCUAAAGGCACUGCCUACAGUCCAUCCCCAUCUGAUGGCGCUGCGACUCCUGCACAGAUUGGAGUGUGGGAGUGGGUCCACUCUCAGAAGGAAGCAAAGAACCAUCUCCAGAUGAAAUUGAAACUCACAUCUCCAGAUCCAAAGCUGCUGCGUCCCUGCGCAGUGCAGCUGGUAAAUGUUCUCACGAUGCCUGAAUCAGAGAUUCAGGGCGACACUGCCAAAGCUCACAGCGUUGACCUCAAAAACGGUUGGCCUGUGCCGAAAGAUCUCCGCCGUCAUCAAGGUCUUCACACCGGCCAUCGCCUGUGCUGCUUCACCAGAUGCGCAAAUGACAUUUGGCGCCUCCAAACGGUCAUCAGCCGCUCCCGAGAUGGAUACUCUUGCAGCAUCUGCGGGAAAACAUUCAGCCGGAGGAAGAUCCUCCGGCGGCACAAGCGCUUCCACACCGGAGAAAAGCCGUACUCGUGUUCUGUGUGCUCUAAAACGUUUGCCCUGCGAAAGAGUCUCCGCCGCCACUCGAGGUUCCACACGGGGGAGAGGCCGCACACCUGCACGCAGUGCGGUAAAAGCUUUCGACUGCGAGACAACCUAAAAGCGCACUUGAGGUUUCACACCGGAGAGAAGCCUUUCAGCUGUGCCACGUGCGGCAAGACGUUCAGGAUCAUGAGGAAUCUAGAGAAGCACAAACUGAGCCACUGUGAAUUCUUCGUUCCUUCAUUCAGAACGAUCGCCGGCUUGAAGCUGUAGGAACAGCUGUGAGCGGCUGGUUGCUGCCGCACGGAUGUCUACCUCACACUAAAAACACUAUAAACGAAGCUGUCCCGAGAAACUUAAAGAAGAGAAGUGAAGUCAUAAGAGUGCUUAUGUUGAUUGUUUAUUUGGAGUCGUCCUAAAAUAACUUGGGUUGUAAUUGGAUCUUAGGAGCUUGAGAAAAGAAGGCAGCUGGACUUCUUUAGGUUUGGAAAGACGUUUCUCAUCCAAGAAGAUGUCCCAGGUAUUCAAACCAUAGUGGGGUUACUGGCCCUGGGAGGUGGUUUCACCCUUAAUGAGCCACGUCAAUGACAACCCCCACUAUGGUUUCAAUACCUGGGACAUCUUCUUGGAUGAGAAACGUCUUUCCAAACUUAAAGAAGUCCAGCUGCC